AUGGCCACCAAGAAACCCAAUGAGGUCAAGGACCCCAAGAAACCUGGGAAGGUAAAGAAGCCAGGAAAAGGCACCCAAGAGAGGUGUGGGAAGCCAGCAGUCAAAGGCAGCAGCCCUGGUCCUUUUCCAGUGGAUGCUGAGGCUCCCAAGCAAACAAACUCUGGGAGUAAGAGUUCCAAAGCCAAGGCCAUCAAGGACAAAAAUGGGGCUACUUUCCCAGCAAAAAAAAAAAAAAAAAAAAAAAAGGCAGUAGUCAAGGUGCCUAAAGAGGCAACUGUACUGGGACUGGAAAGUAGCAAAAAACCAAAGCAGCACCUCCACCCAAGACCGAGAGCACCCCUGUGCACUUGGCCAGGAAGAUGGAGGCCUCAAGAACUGAGAAGGCCUGGGCUGCUUGCCAAGGCCUCUUUGCCUAAAGUGUUCAUCAAAAAGGCAAAAAUUGAGAUGAGAGCUAGAGGCUGA